AUGAAACAGGCGGACGUGGUGGUGGUGGGCGCCGGCGUGGCGGGCCUCAACGCCGCUGCCAAGCUGCACAAAGCGGGCGCCAGCGUGGUGGUGGUGGAGGCGUCUGACGGCGUGGGCGGGCGGGUGCGCACCGACGAGGUGGACGGCUUCCUGCUGGACCGAGGCUUCCAGAUCUUCCUGACCUCCUACCCAGAGGCCCAGGAAGCCCUGGACUACGGCGCCCUGGACUUGCGGCCCUUCUAUGCGGGCGCGCUGGUACGGUACCAGGGAGAGUUCCAUCGGGUGGCCGACCCCCUGAGGCACCCAGCGGACGGCCUGGCUUCUCUGGCCAACCCCAUUGGCAGCCCGCAGGACAAGCUGCUGGUGGGGCUGUUCCGCCUGAAGAGCCUGCUGGGCAGCGUGGAUGAGCUGCUCAAGGCGCCAGAGACCAGCAUCGAGCAGCGGCUCCAGGCCGAGGGCUUCUCCCAGCCCAUCGUCGACCGCUUCUUCCGCCCCUUUCUGGGCGGCAUCUUCUUCGACCGCUCCCUGGCCACCUCCUCCCGCCUCUUCUCCUUUGUCAUGCGCAUGCUGGCCACAGGAGCAUUCCCCUCAAACACGCAACCGCGGCCCUGGACCGGCGGCGGCGCGGACGGGGCCCCGCCGGCCGUGCAGCUGGCGGAUGGGGCAACCCGGCCGGCCCGGGGGGGGGUGGUGCAAGCGGAGGGGCCCGAGGCGGCGCGCUGCUGGGGCCUGGCGCUGGCCGGGGCGCCCAGCAAGGCGGCCCCGGCGGUCGGCACUGCUGGCUUUACUUUAAAAGCGGCGCGGCCGCCCAGGCCUGGCAACACGCUGUACCUGGCGGGCGAGGGCGGCGGCCUAGUCAACAACAUGUGCUUUCCCUCAGAGGUGGCACCCAGCUAUGCGCCGCAGGGGCAGACCCUGGUGUCUGUCUCCACGAUCGGCACGCUGGACCAGCUUUCUGAGCAGCAGCUGGUUGAGGGCGUCAAGGCAGAGCUGGGCGGCUGGUUUGGGGCGGGUGAGGUGGCGGGGUGGCAGCACCUGAAGACCUACCGCAUACCCUUUGCGCAGCCCAGCCAGGCGCCGCCCACCGACCUCUUCCGCCCCGUCAGCCUGGGCGGCGGGCUGUACGUGUGUGGCGACCACCGCUGCUCAGCCACCCUGGAUGGCGCGCUGCGGUCGGGACGGGAGGCGGCGGAGGCCGUGCUGGCAGACCUGCAGCGGCAGCCGCGCGGCGCGGCGGUGGCGGCCGCGGCGGCGGCGCAGCAGUAG